AUACAAACUUAUACACAUAAUGGGUACUCAAAAGAAGGAAAAACAAAGACGAGUUCGUCAGAAUGACACUCGUGAUGGUAACCUUCGUGUUAAGGGAGAAAACUUCUACCGUGAUGCCAAGAAGGUGAAGCAUUUGAACAUGUAUAAGCAAGGUAGAGCCAUUCGUAACGCCCGUGGUGACAUUAUCAAGGCCGCUGACUUGCAAAGCACCGACGCUCCAACCGCUAGAGUCGACCCUAAUAGAAAAUGGUUUGGUAACACCCGUGUCAUCGGUCAAGAUGCAUUGACCCAUUUCCGUGAAGCUAUGGGCGAUAAAAAGAAUGAUAGUUAUCAAGUGUUGCUUAAACGUAAUAAAUUGCCAAUGUCGCUAUUGGACGAGAAAGAUACCAGUGAAUCUCCUGCUGCCAAAAUUGUUGAAACUGAACUGUUUGCAUCCACUUUUGGCCCAAAGCAACAAAGAAAGAAACCAAGAGUUGUCGCUGCAUCUUCUUUGGAGGAAUUAGCGGAAAUGACCGAAUCUGAUUCGGUCAAGUACCAAGAAACCCAAGAAUUGAAUGCUACUUUAGGUCUUAUGGGUGGCUCGUUCUUGGACAAGGAAGAUUUCACCCAAGAAGCCAAGGAAGCCAUUUUCCACAAGGGCCAAUCCAAACGUAUUUGGAAUGAAUUGUAUAAAGUUAUUGAUUCUUCCGAUGUCGUGAUUCAUGUAUUGGAUGCCAGAGAUCCUUUAGGUACCCGAUGUGAAUCCGUUGAGAAAUAUAUCCGUGAUGAAUGUCCUCAUAAGCAUUUGAUUUACGUGUUGAACAAAUGUGAUUUAGUGCCCACUUGGGUAGCUGCAGCAUGGGUUAAACAUCUUUCCAAGUCGUACCCAACCCUUGCGUUCCACGCAAGUAUCACAAACUCGUUCGGUAAGGGGUCUCUUAUCCAACUUCUUCGACAAUUCCUGACCCUCCACUCUGAUAGAAAGCAAAUAUCGGUCGGGUUCAUAGGAUACCCCAACACCGGGAAGUCCUCCAUCAUCAACACAUUGAGAAAGAAGAAGGUGUGUACCGUGGCACCCAUCCCUGGUGAGACCAAGGUCUGGCAAUAUAUCACGCUUAUGAAGCGUAUUUUCCUUAUUGAUUGUCCUGGUAUUGUGCCACCAAGCUCUAAGGAUACCGAAGCAGAUAUUUUGUUUAGGGGGGUCGUCAGAGUGGAACAUGUGUCUCAUCCCGAACAGUAUAUUCCUAUUCUUUUACAAAAGUGUCAAAGAAAGCAUCUUGAACGAACGUAUGAAGUCAAAGGGUGGAGUCAGUUUGAAGACGAUGCAUCAUUGUUGGAACAAGCCAGCACGGAGUUCAUCGAAUUGAUUGCCAGAAAGUCAGGGAGAUUGAUCAAGGGUGGUGAACCGGAUGAAAGCGGGGUUUCCAAACAGAUUUUGAAUGAUUUUAAUAGAGGGAAAAUACCGUGGUUCGUUAUGCCUCCUCAGGAUGAAGAAGAGAGAACCGGUGAAGACAAGAAGGCAGGAUACAAGAGAAAGAGAGCUGAAGUGGAGGAAAGAAAUGAAAAGAAGAGAAAGCUUGAACUCGAAGCCGAGGCCGAAGCUGAAGCUGAAGAAUAUAAUAAAGAGGAGGAAGAAGCAGCAGCUGAAGGUAGUUCCGAAUCUUCAUAGAUAUCUAGUGUACAUUAAUACGGGUAGUAAUUUAGGUAAUUUAUCAAAUAAACUAAUACAAAACUGUCAAAAAAAAUAAAAUCAACAACAGUAAUUAACCUCUUCCAUAUAUCCCCUUAGAACCAGGAGUGCCUGGGGUAGGAGUAGCCGCAGACACGGGAACAACAACGCCAUUUUGCUCAGCGGUUUCCGAUAAUGUCCCCAACCCCCAUAUGAACCCCUUGUAUCUUGUCAACACCGAGAUAUCAAACGCCAGUUGUCUCACCAACUCCUUGAAACACUCCAUGGACAAAUAUGCGUGCAACGUCGAUGUCAUUUGCUGUUGUUGCUGUUGGGUGGGUUGUAAUGAGUUUGUCGAAUUGAAAUGUUGACGAAUGGCAGGGGAGAUCGGCAACAAGUGCAACUCCUCGGCUAAAUAUUCAAUCAGGGGUUUGUUAGUCUUGGAUGAUUCAUCAUUGGUGUUUUUGUUUGACAAAAUCUGAUUGCCAAUGUAUUUCAAAUCGUAGAAAUUGGGAAAGUAUUUGCUGCACCACCAAGAAAACUCUUGCUCAUCAAUAGGUAAAGUGCUGUUCAUCAUUAAACUGAUGAAGAAUCCCAAAUCGUAUCCGGCAUGGUAUGAAAUCCAAUUGAUAUGCAGAUGAUCCAAAAGCAAACCACUUUCGAUCAUCAAUUCCGCAAACGACAAGUGUGGAAUACCUUGAGUCAUGUGCAACUGGAAGUUGAUCUGAGAAGUUUGUGACAACAUGGCUAAAUGCUCUUCGUUGUACAUUUCCUUGGUCAAGUCGUAAAAGAAAUUGAAUUGCCAGAUAAUACUUCUUUGAGCAUUGAGUUCAUUUCUGACGUUGGUGCCAUUCUUGGAUAUUUUUAUAAUACACAAUGAUAAUUGGAUAAUAUUAAGUAAAUCAGCAUUGGAUCUAAGGGUCUGGAAAUGAUAAUCUGAAGACAGUUUGAAUGUACCGAUUGGUCUAGCGACAAUCCCGGGGAUUUCUUGAUGAAUGGAGAUAUAUACAUUGGAGGUCUUAUCAUUGAUGUAGCUACGUAAUGUUUGGAACUCGUGUUCCAAAUUAUGGGACCAUACUUGUUUGAUUAUUGGGAUUUGGGAUUGUUGCAUAGCAGCUUGUGCUUGGGCCUGGGCUUGCGCUUGUUGUUGUUGGAGAUGUUGUAACUGUUGAGCUUGUAAUUGUUGAAAUUGCUGUUGUUGGACUUGCUGUUGUUGUUGUUGCUGUUGCUGCUGCUGCUGCUGCUGUUGUUGUUGUUGUUGUUGCAAUUGCAUUUGCAAUAAUGGGUUGACUGAAUUGUUCAUUAAUAACCCGCUGCCGUUUGUUUGAGAACUGGCCGUGUUACUCCCGUUCAAACCAGCUAACAAUGGAUUGACGUGUUGGCCGGUUGGCGUGCCCAAUUGCUGUUGCUGUUGUUGGGUUUGGGUUUGUUGUAAGUGUUGGUUCAACAACUGUUGCUGUCUUUGGAGUUGUUGGUGUUGUAAUUGUAAUUGUGAGAUUGGUGGUGAUUGUCCUGGAGCAGUAGCUGCUCCGGCCGACAUUUGUCCUGGCUGCUGUUGCUGUUGUUGCCCUGGUGUCAGUUGUUGCUGCUGCUGCUGCUGUAAGUACUGAAGAUGCGGGUUUACGUUCAUAAUCGUCCUCUAGCUUGAAUGUCUCUCUAAAGUCUGUGUAUUCAAUACUGCUGCCUUUACAACCAACGUCUUCCUGAAGUGUUCAGAUUUUUUUUCCCUCUGGCAAAAUCUUGAACACGGCGCACGACCACCAAAAUGGAAAGCUAUAAUUAGAUCAAGAUCAGAAUCAGAUGAUUAUGCCCUUUUAUUGCUAUAAAACUAUAAAGUCACUCUUUGGUUCUCCUGUAAAUAGUUAUGGUCACCCCCUACUUUUCUUGGUUUAAUCAAAUAUUGCAACAAGAACCCAAUACCCAAUACCAAACACACAAUAGCAACAAUAAUGUAAAUCACACCAAUGCUAACAUUUCUUCCCCCAAAGAUGGAAUUAGUAGUUAUAACCACCGAUUUCGUACCUCCAAAUAUGGUCACAGGGUAAUUCAACCCAAUUUCAAUCUCAUACGUGCCCGAACUCAUGGUUUCCGUAGUGUUCUUACCAUACAACUUGUAGAAUGAAGGCAAGGCCGCAGUACGCAUCCAGUUCUGCAAAUGCUCCCAUGUCUGUACGUUGGGCAUGGUAUCGUUGGUGUAUCCGUUGGGAAACAUCUUGUCCCAAUUAGGCGGAGGAACCACGUCUUCGGGGUUGUAUUGGGUUGGCUGGAAUUUAUGAUCUCGAUCACUAGGCCAGGAAAUACCCGUUUCGCCAAACACAUAUGUUUGGUUAUCUUGGCCGUUCUUUGCAUUUAAAAGCACCGGCGAGGAGAAUGUGUCAUUAAAGUAGGAGUUGGCAAUUAACCCACAGGGGUAGAUGAGUUUCUGGGUUCCAUUAACAACUCGAUGUUUCAAAGGUUUACACGAGUCAGUGAUUGAGCCAUCUGACACAGCCUGUCCCUUCAAUUGCCCCAAAUCAUACGAAUCAACAUACUUUCUGUGGUUUUGAAAGAAGUUGGUCAACUUAUAGUACAAGUACAACGGAGGUUUCAAAUCACGAGGGAGAUUGAAUUGGAUGACACACGUUUGCUGAGUAUCGCCAUCGCUGUCUUUGCUCUCCACCAACUUCCACUUGAAAUCUGGAUUUGUGUUGGUUUUCCGGAAGUGAUAGCCGGUAAACUUGCUGGGAAUAGAAUCAAACCCAUUACUGUUACUGGUGGCCACCUUCAACUUGUUGCAUUGCAGGUAGUCUAUAUUAAGUUCUUCAACGUUGUAAGUGGUGUAAAGGAUGGCAAUUCCAAGCGGAGCGAAUAUAACUGCAAUUAGAAUUAGUAAUGGGAUAACUGUCUUGGGGGUAAGGAUUGGUUGCCAGGCUUUAAGACGUUGUUGUCGAAAGGCUGUGUUUGGAGGUUUUCUCAGUUUGUGGAUAUUAGAAGGUGACGCAUUGUCGCCUGAUGAUAUAUCAUCAUCGCUAUUAUUAUAGCUACUUCUCUUACGUAGGAAGUUCAUUGGGGGGUGGGUAGAGCGUGUAGUAGGUGGAGGUGUU